AUGGCUAGUACCAUUAGUGAGAAAGAAUUGACUAACAUGCAGAAUAGAAAAGCUCUUCUUCUAUAUUUACUAGAUGAACUACAAACAGACCAGUGGCCUGUUCCACCUGGUAGUAGAGCAUUGCAAUGCAUCGGUCGGGCAUUGAAUGUGGCUGCAGGGUUACUUGGAGCCUGUUCACCCGGAACUAGUGCUCGGAUUAUUGCUUUGUGCUACCCUUUUGUCUCAAAUAGUGACAUUAAUAGCUUUGUGAGGCAUGUGAAACUUCUGUUUCAUAUGCAUGUGUAUGCUGAAAUCCCUUGCAAGAUAUUAUGUUAUACCCUUAAUAACUACGAAUCCUUCUGUACACAAAUCUUUGAUUUGUUCGAUGUUCAAAGGAAAGGAGUAGUUGACUUCGGUGACUUCGUCAGAGUGUUGAACGUCUUCCAUCCUAAUGCCUCCCAAGAGGAUAAGAUAGACUUCCCAUUUAAGCUUUAUGACCUGGAUGGCACAGGAUAUAUUGAGCGCGAUGAGGUGAGGCAUAUGUUGAUCGUAAUUCUAUGUGAAUCUGAACUGAAGUUGGCAGAUGAAACAAUCGAACAAAUACUUUAUAAGGCUACUUUAACAAUCAUGAGGCGACUGUUUCAACUCACUUUAGAUGGUUGGCUAAAAACAGGAGAUGUGUGCUAUUUUGAUGAAGAUGGCUUAUGGUUUUCAAUUGAUCCUUUGACUGAAAUAUGCUAGUUAAAUGAAAUGCAAGAAAGGUACACAGAGAUAAGUCUGGAUUAUUUAAUUUUUUUUGGACGAAAAUUGUAAUAUUACAGCCUUUUUUUAAU